AUGAGCUUAAAUUGCAGUAGUACCGGUAGUGGCGGCGGAGGGAGCGGCGGAGGUGGCGGCGGGGGGCCAUGCGGGGCAUGCAAGUUCUUGAGGAGGAAGUGCGUGGCGGGGUGCAUAUUUGCGCCGUAUUUUGACUCGGAUCAAGGCGCGUCGGUGUUUGCAUCGGUUCAUAAAGUGUUCGGAGCUAGCAACGUUUCCAAGCUGCUCCACCACAUUCCGCCGCAUAAGCGCCUCGACGCCGUCAUCACCGUUUGCUUCGAGGCUCAGGCCCGCCUCCGAGACCCCGUCUACGGCUGCGUUGCUCACAUCUUUGCUAUUCAGCAGCAGGUGGUGAACUUACAGGCCGAGCUUUCCUUCUUACAAGCCCACUUGGCCAGCCUUCAGGUCCCCACACCACCGCCGCCGCCUAUGUCGGCGGCGAUAAACAUUGCAGACCUCUCAACUGUGUCUCCGGCGGCCUAUGAUACUCUUUCGUCUCUGUUUGAUCCAACGUCGUUGACGACGGUGCAAGCUGCAUGGCCGCCGCCCGUGCAGCAGACGCGCCACUUCAACAGGGAUCCGGCGGAGUCAUCGUCUUCGCCGCCCGCCGGUUCCGGUGUUCUUCAAGAACUGACGCGCCACCUUAUGCGUAGGCCGCCGCAGGGGUGUUAGGGCCUGGCUUGGACUGCAGCUUCUAUUUCAUCUUCAAAAUCAGCUAAUUAAGAGAACCUUAAUUAUUAAGUAGCUUAAUUAGUGACCUUUUAAAUCCGGCCUAUUUGUAAUUUUCUUGUACUUAAAUGACAAUUUCAUUAAUUUCAUACUAAUAAUAUUAUAUAUUUUAUAUAUA